AUGUUGGAACUUCUGAACCAGUUGGAUGGUUUUGAUUCAAGAGGAGAUGUCAAGGUGAUUCUUGCAACAAACAAAAUUGAGAGUCUUGAUCCUGCAUUGCUUCGACCUGGUCGAAUCGAUAGGAAGAUUGAGUUUCCUCUUCCGGAUAUCAAAACAAGGAGGCGCAUUUUCCAGAUACACACGUCAAGAAUGACUUUGGCUGAUGAUGUCAACUUAGAAGAAUUUGUUAUGACUAAGGAUGAGUUUUCUGGAGCUGACAUCAAGGCAAUAUGUACUGAAGCUGGUUUGCUUGCUUUGAGAGAGCGCCGUAUGAAGGUGACACAUACAGACUUCAAAAAGGCAAAAGAUAAGGUUAUGUUUAAGAAAAAAGAGGGGGUUCCAGAAGGACUCUAUAUGUGA